UUUAUACGGCCACGGUCGAAUCCAGCAGGCCCAAAAUGACAUCCUCUUCAGGCAGAUGGAUAUGGUCAGCAAAGACGGGGAGACUGGAAUGGCUAUUUGUGGAGGACUGGACGUUACCAGUCAACCAUACCCAGCUCCCUGUUGUGUACCGCACGAACCUCGAACCCCUGACCUGCUGACCAAUCUCGCGCAAGCGAUACUUGCCCCCGUCUGGCCUAUGAGCUGGGAGAAAACGAAUUUCGUCAUAUUAUCGGGGAAAAGAAAGUCUGGCAAAGACUAUGUAGCGCAUCGAUUGUCUAGCCACCUGUCCGCUAGUGGAAUCUCUGUAAAAAUAAUUCAUCUGUCAGAGCCCAUCAAACGAGCGUAUGCACGACUCAAAGACCUAGAUCUGGAUCUUCUUAUGUCAUCCGCCGCCUACAAGGAGGAUUACCGCACAGAAAUGGUGCUCACGCGCCGAGCGCGGGGCUGGCUUCCUGUACCCGCAGUCGAUGAGGCGGACACCGAGUGCGCACUUGAUGAUGCACUAUAUGAUCUCCUGGUAGUGAAUGACAGUUCUGAUAGCCUUGAAAUGUCAAUGGCCUCGGCAAUGUCGUUGGUGCUGAAAACAAUCAGUACUUGA